AUGAAAGUUACCGAGAUAGAGCAUUUUAGUCAUCGCCACAAGCUAGAGCUGAGUUACAGCCAAAAGCCUUAUCGUUGUGAUGGAUGCAAACAAGAAGGAUUUGGUUCAUGCUAUCAGUGUAACAAGAAAACCAAGUGUGACUUUCAUCUUCAUGAGAAAUGUGCUAUGGCUGAUCCUUUGGCCACGCAUCCGUUCUUCAACAACUGCAUCUUCGAGUUUCGAAAGAAAAGAAAACAUGGUAAGCGUUGUAAAGCAUGUGGGAAAGAUAUUCGAGGUUUCAUGUACAAAUCAAAGAAAGCAUAUUUGCACCCUUGCUGUUUGAAGCUCCCAAACACAUUGAAUGGUGAAGGAGGGUUGAUUCUUAAUCUUAAAGACAAGGCCUCGUCCAAGUGUUUGAUAUGUCGACACAAAAAAAUCUCGGGUAAAGUAAAAGGUUGGGCUUAUGUUUCAACUUGUGGCAAACAUUGUUACCAUGUUGGUUGUGUAAAUCACAUGAAUUUUGAGAAUUGGGGUUGUUUCAAUAGUCAACAAAAUGGUGGGAAUAUUAGCUUAGUAUUCAUCAAACAAGAAAGUGGGAGAAAGAAGAAAAGAGGCUGUUGUGUGGGAUGUGCUCUAGACCUAAUAGUCAAUGCCAUUUUGGGGAGUGCUUUGCAGUUGGCUGCUGGUUGUGUGUUGGGUCUUUCCUAG